AUGCAGAACCCGACGGAUGACAAGAGCUACCGUGACUUCAUGGACAAGCUGUCCAUCUGUACUGAGGCUCAGCACGUACAGCUGGCUAGACCCUUCUGUGCCGAUCCGGUGGUCACGUUUCACGUGUACCCAGAAACACCAAACCAGGUCACUUGCUUGGAAGAUUUGUCAUUCCUUCCUUUCACAUCUGAACAUCUCAUCACAGAGAACUUCUACAGUGAACCCUACCAAAUGCCCCAUUCCAGUUACCGCAGAAAUGAGUACACCUGUGGGCCAGCUUUCAUCAGAAAGAGGAAUGAGAGGGAAAGACAGAGGGUUAAAUGUGUCAAUGAAGGCUAUGCUAAACUGAGGCAUCACCUACCUAAGGAAUACUUGGAGAAACGUCUCAGCAAAGUAGAGACACUCCGUGCUGCAAUAAAAUACAUUAGCUACCUGCAGUCUGUUCUGUACAGUGAUUCCGUGGUGGCAGAAAAAAAUGUCAUGGAGCCAAGCCAGGAACCUAAAGCACUUAACAAACAAAACCAAUUUUUGAAGACAAUCUAA